AUGGACGUGGACGUGGACCUGACGUGGACGUGGACGUGGACGUGGACAUGGACGGGGACGGGACGUGGACGUGGACGUGGACAUGGACGUGGACAUGGACGUGGACGUGGACGUGGACGUGGACGUGGACGUGGCGAUGGACGUGGACGUGGACGUGAACGUAGACGUGGACGUGGACAAGGACGUGGACAUGGACGUGGACGUGGACGUGGACGUGGACGUGGACAUAGACGUGGAGGUGGACGUGACGUGGACGUGGACGUGGACGUGGACGUGGACGUCGGUCACUAUGGGAAGUUAGAGUGCAAAUGCCUGGGAGAACGGUACCGCUAA